AUGAAUUCAAGAGCCCAUAAGGAAUUCGAAUGGAACGAUGAAACCAGUUUCAUAAACAUAAUCUCUGCGCUGUUCAACAAUUGGCCAGAAAUGAAAUUGGUUGUUGAUCGUACCUCAGGAUAUUCGCGCGAAAAUGUGUAUAUUGAUAUAAGGAAAUUCAUACAGAAUGUAUUCGAUUGUAUUUUGAUAUAUGGGACGGGUCGUAGUGAUUCAAUUACUGGUAAUAUCAAAAAAAGUCUGCUCGAUGACUUUCAUAUGGUAAUUGAAGAUUUCGCUGCCAAAGAGAUGAGUACUCGUAUUUGUAAUAUGUACGAUAAAUGGAUGAAACAGGAUAAUUUGACUGAAAACCGCAAACAAAUUAUAGAAGAGAUCAAGAAUUUACCAAAACCAAAUCCUAUUGUGGAAUUUGAGGAUCUACCAAGAUACAAAUUAGUUUUUGAAACCGAUGAGAUUAUGUGUUAA